UAAACGUAUGAAGAAGAUUCAUUAUUAUCAGUACUAUGCAUACUUUCAAUAUGUAUACGUUCUUUACUUUGAUAUUCGCUUAUUUAGCGGUAACCGCUCAUGGCUUUCCAAGCACUCACAUUGUUGGUGGAAAGGACGCGCCAGUUGACAAGUUCCCAUACCAAGUAUCUCUGAAAAAAUCCGGACGUCAUUCCUGCGGUGGAUCCAUCAUCAAUCAAUAUACCAUUCUCACUGCCGCUCAUUGCAUAAUAGGGUACAUAUUUUAUUCUUGUUUUAUUAUUAUUCAUACAUGCACCUACGAAUAGGAUAUAAUUAU